AUGGGGGCAACAAGUUACGGCUACUAUCGCGUGACCAUCUUCUUCGCCAUGUUCAUGGGCUACAUGCUGUACUUCUUCAACAGAAAAACAUUCUCCUUUGUCAUGCCCUCAGUGAUGGAUGAGAUUAAAUUAGACAAAGAUGAUUUGGGUCUGAUCACCAGCAGCCAGACCUUGGCCUACGCCAUCAGUAAAUUCAUCAGCGGCGUGUUGUCGGACCAGAUCAGCGCUCGCUGGCUUUUCUCCAUCGGCCUGUUUGUGGUGGGAAGCAUCAAUGUGGUCUUCUCCUGGUCUUCCACGGUCCCCAUGUUCUCACUGCUGUGGUUCAUUAACGGCCUGGGACAGGGUUGCGGAUGGCCACCAUGUGGGAAGGUGCUCCGCAAGUGGUUUGAACCAUCCCAGUUUGGAACGUGGUGGUCUGUGCUGUCCUGCAGCAUGAACUUGGCAGGGAGUCUGGGGCCAAUCCUGGUUACAAUGCUCCUUCACUACUAUGACUGGAGGAGCAUCUUAACUAUGUCAGGUGUCUUCUGCGCUACCUUCUCGCUUGUGACUGUGGUGUGGGUGAAGAACGAGCCAAAGGAUGUCGGCCUGCCUGCUAUUGAGGCGGCACCCAAGAAGGGGGCAAAGAGAUGUAACAGUGAGAGCACCCUGAGUGAGUUCCUCCUCUCCCCAUUUCUUUGGGUGCUGUCUCUGGGCUACCUCGUGGUGUUUGGGGUGAAAACAGCAGCAACUGACUGGGGCCAGCUUUUCCUCAUGCAGGAGAAAGGCCAGACUGUUCUUAUGGGCAGUACUUACAUGAGUGCCUUGGAGGUGGGCGGCUUUGCGGGCAGCCUUGCAUCUGGUUUAAUCUCUGACAGAGCCGUUGCUAGAUCUGGUCUAGGCACACAUGGGAACCCUCGACACGGACUACUCAUUGUCAUGAUGGCUGGCAUGUACGUGUCCAUGUAUCUCUUCAGGGUCACCAUCACACCUGAAAUUCCAAAGGAGGCUCCUCUUUGGCUCCAAGUCAUCCAUCCCAUUUCUGUGCUCAUCGGUGUCUCGGAAAAAGAGAUCUGGAUUCUCUUUCUUGGUGCUAUGUUUGGAUUUUCCUCUUACGGGCCGAUUGCCUUGUUUGGGGUGAUCGCAAGUGAAAGUGCUCCUUCCAAUUUUUGUGGAACCUCACAUGCUAUCGUAGCUCUGAUGGCUAACGUGGGGGCUUUUAUGGCUGGACUUCCCUUCAGUACUAUUGCCAAACAACACAGCUGGGACAUGGCCUUCUGGAUAGCAGAAGUCUUCAUGGCCGUCACCACCGUUUUGUUCUUCCUCAUCCGCAACAUGCGUACCAAGAUGGGAAGAAGAGAAAAACUGGACUGAUUUAUGCGAAGUUUACACACAGCGUGGACAAAAAUAUACACAAAAUUUAAUUAAUUAGGGGUCAAAUAUGGUCAUAUUAGUUAAUUCUUGUUCUUGUCAGGACAUUUUGGAACACUUUGAGGAAGAGUUAUUUCUGCUCCGGCAUGAUUGUACCACAGAACACAAAGCAAGGUCCAUCAAGGUGUGCUUGGUUUCUUAUGAAAGCGCCUUGACUUCACCAAAUACCUUCGAGCUCAACGCCAACAAGACUUUGUGAGCCAAGUGCCCUCAUGUUCAACACCAGUGACCUCACAAAUAUUCAUAACAGACAACAGCUGCCAAAGAUGCACUUUGAAGUCUCCCUGGAAAAGAGUAAGCUUAUAAUAUUUAUAAAAAAAAAAAAAAGCCAAAUGAUAACAAUUCUGAAUGUUUUCUAAUAGGGUUGUCUAUACAGUCUAGAAUCUAGACUGACUACAUUUGCACUUAGUUGGUAGCAUUAAUCAUUGUCGUCAAUGAUUGGAAAUAAGGUUUCACGGGAAAAUCUACCUUUAGUUUUCUACACUUCUUAGAUGACACAAUAUCAAGCAAAAUUUUUGAUGCAGUCAGACAAAAUCACUUGAGUUCAUUUUCAAUACUUGUACAGGUUCAUAGCUUACGUUGAAGGUUAAAGGUUAUUGGACAGUGUUUUUAAACUAUCGUAUGUGUGUGUCUCAGGGGUGCAGCAUAUUGAAAAAUAUAAAUUUUAAAAAAAUAUAAAAAAAUUUGUAGGCCUAAAGAGUCAGUCCAAUGCUCUUCAACUAAUUUCUCUCGCUUACUGCACCUCUAGUGUUUUGUCAAUUAAUAAUGGGAACAAACUCAGUGCCAUUAGGGAAUCACUGUAAUUUGAUGUAAUCUUACAGUUGAAGCCAAAUAAAUGUGAAGUGAUUGGUUUAAAAAAAACAUGUCGUUUAUUGGAUGUCCAAAGUGUACCCAAAAGUCAGCUGCGACUGGAAUGAAAACAAUCAGUAUUGUAUAUCUGUACAGGACAAGUUUUUAUUUGCUAUAAUUACAACAUUACAAUGAUAAAAAUGACUACAUUGCAAUAACAACAUAACAUUUCCCACAUGGGUACCUUGUCAAAGUGCAGUAUUUCAAAUUAAGACAUGUUUCAACUGAAGCUGUCCAUGGUGCUGAAUCUUACAUUUCUAAAUGACUGCAUUGCAAUAACAACAUAACACUUUUUUGGGUACCAUGUCAACUCCAAAGUGCAGUAUUUCAAAUGAAGACAUGUUUCCACUUGAGCUGUCCAUUGUGCUGAAUCUUACAUUUACAAUAUAACGAUAGAGCGAAAUUCAUCCAUCUUUUUUUCCUAACUGUUUAUCUGAGCUGACUUCGGGCUGACUUUUUUUCCAAUUUGAUUUUCCCCCGCAAACCAGCCAUUUUUUUCCAUCACUGCCCCAAGCCCAGCAAAUCCAUCACCUUGUUUACAAUUGAUGUGUGGUCUCGCAAAUGAAUCAUGAUGCGUUCAAGGGCAGCUCAGAAAAAUGUCAAUCUUUUAUAAA